AUGAAAUUAAUCUAUUUUCUCGUCUUAAUCUAUUUAAAUACUAUUUAUUGUUUACCACAAAUUCGUGUUCGUCCACAAUCUGCUGUAUUACUUUCAUCAUCUGAAGUACGUUUAAUAUGUGAAAGUAGUGAUACACCAUUUCUAUCAAUUGCUUAUUGGACAUAUAUUGGUCAACGUAUUGAAUUAAAUCCAUCAAUUAUUGAAAUGCAUGGAAAUGAAUUACGAAUAUAUGAAUUUGGUGAUACUGCAUAUACACAACCAGGUGCUUAUUCAUGUGUUGUUUCAACACGUUAUGGUUUAAUUCAAAGUGAACCAGCUAUGUUAAGUUUACCAACUUUAGAUCCAUUUAAAAUAUCAAUUAAUGGAAAUCAUAUCUUAAAUAUAACUGAAGGAAAUAUUGCUGUUAUACCAUGUGAAUUACCUAAUGGAAAUCCAAGACCAAUACCAAUUUUUCAUCUAGAUAAUAAUCGUAUAGAAAUUGAAUUGAAUUCAAAUCGAUAUAAAAUUUUACCUAGUGGAAAUUUACAUAUAAUUGAUGUAAAAAAAUUUGAUUCAGGAAAAUAUCAAUGUUCAGCAACAAAUCCUUUAACUGGACAAAUUGUAAAUAAUAGUCAAAGAACAAUUUUACAAGUUUUAAAUAAACCAUUGAAUAAUCAAGAACGUCAAUCAUUUUCAAUUGUAUAUAAACCACCAGUUGCUUCAAGAGUUCUAGUUGGAAGUAAUUUUUCUAUUGAAUGUGUUAUUGCUGGUUGGCCAAAACCAAUAAUUGAAUGGGAAAAAUAUGGUGAUAUAUUACCUGAUAGACGACAUGAAGUUUUACAUGGUACACUUUAUUUAUAUGAUAUACGUUUGGAUGAUCGUGGAACAUAUAUAUGUCGAGCAUCGAGUUCAAAUGGUCAAUCUGAUAUUGCUUAUACUGCUUUAUUAGAAGUUUUAGAACCACCGAAAGUUAUUCAACGACCAGAUUCAUUAAUUCAAAUUAAUAAAGAUGAAACUGUAUCAAUCAAAUGUGCUUUUCAUGGUCGACCUGAACCAGUAAUUAGUUGGUUAUAUAAUGGAGAAGAAUUUACAAUGAAUGGAUCACCACUGACAGAUGGAAUUCUAUCAUUAAAUGAACCUAAAGAAGGUAUUUAUCAAUGUAUUGGUCGAAAUCCAUAUGGUAGUGCUCAAGCAAAUGCUGCUCUUGUUUAUCUAAAUCGUGAUAAAGUUAAAGAAAAAUUCGAAAUUGAAAUUCCAUCGAAAAAAUCUUUAAUUGUCUUUGGCCCAAAUAAUAUAACUGUCUAUGAAGGUGAAACAGUUCAACUUCAUUGUUUAACACAACCUGGUUCAACUGUUCAAUGGUUACAUAAUAAUGAAGUAAUUAAUUCAAAUUUAAUGCGUCGUUAUGAAAUGCUUUCAUCCGGUGGUUUACGUAUUGUAUCAGCCCAAAAGUCAGAUAGUGGUAUAUAUAAAUGUAUUGCAUCAAAGGUUGAUUUUGGUAUAGAUGCAGCAAAAUGUUUUGUUCAUGUAAUAGGUUUAAAAUUAAAUAUUCCUGUAUCAAAAUUAGAGAUAAUUGAUAUCAAUCAAAUCGAUAAUUAUGGUAUUAAAUUAUUCUGGAAAAUUAAUGAAACAAUUGAAAAUUAUCUAAGUUUUAUACAAAUACAAUAUCGUUUAAUUCAUCCAAAAACAUCAUGGAUGACAAUAGAUGAAUUUUAUAAUCGUUCAUUAAAUUAUGCUCUUAUUAAUAAUUUACAACAAGAUCAAAUAUAUAAAUUUCGUUUAAUUGGUUUUGAUAUUACCGGUAAACAAUUAGUUAUUAGUGCAGCAAAGCAAUUUACAUUAAAAUUAAUUAAAAAUCAACCAAAUUCACCGUUACCACAAAUAACUGAUGCAUGGGUAACAAAUGAUGGACAAAUUUCAUUAAAAUGGCAGUUAUUAAAUAAUACUGGCAGUGAAACAGUUGAUGGUUUUGUUGUUUAUUAUCGACCAAUACAUUCAAAAACAAAUUUUACAACAAUAACAAUACCAAAUCUACGUUAUCCUUCAGUUGAUACAUAUACGAUCUCGUCAAUUGAACCAGAUCAAAUUUAUGAAAUACGUAUGACAACAUAUUCUAAUCUUGGUUUGAGUCCAAUGAGUAAUUCAAUUGAAAUAUCAGUUCCUAGUUUUUCAACUCAUCAUCGUUCUCGUAUAAAUACAUCACCUAAUCUUGAUGAAAUUCUGGAAAAUAUUACUAAAAUUCAACAUUCUUCUCCUAUGAAACAUAAUCUAGUAACAUCAUCAACUUCGACACAAAAAGGUUCUGAUAUACUUUAUUUAAUUAUUGGUAUUAUUGCUGGAAUUUUAUUAAUUUUAAUUAUUAUACUCGUUACUAUGUGUAUAUUAAGAUUAUUUCAACAAAAAAAAUUUAUCGCUCACGUUAAAUCUGUUAAUGAUUCUGAAUAUUAUUGUGAUGGUUUACAUAAGAAUUUAAAUUCUGAUUAUGCUACAACACCUUGUUUUCAACAUGGUGUAGUUGCUGUUGAUGGUAAAUUAAUUCCUUUUACAUGUCCGACUAAUACAAAAUCACCACAAAUUUAUCAUCAUGGUUUAUCACAUAAUUCAAUAAUAAAUGAAAAUGGUACAAUACGUUUAAAUAUAAAUCCAAUUAAUCGUUUAGAUAAUGAAAAUAUACAAGAAAAUUUUUAUCAUACAUUAACACCUUUUAAUAGUCAUAGUCAAUAUGAAGAAUGUCGAUCACCAACUUGUUCAUACAAACAAACAAUUGAACGUCCAUCUAUCUCAUCAUGUCUAGUACAUCAUCGUUUAAUUAAUUGUUCAUCAGAUACACUUCCUUUAAAAAUGUCUUCGAAUAAGAAUAAUAAAAAAUUUGAUAAUCGUAAUCCUUCUCAAAUAAAUGGAGAAUCUUUUAGACAUUUACAUUAUCAUCAUGGUACAUGUCAACGACAAUAUACAACACAAGAAAUUAUUACACCAUUAGUUCACAAAGGAGUUAAUCAACAACAUAAUUUAUCUGAUCAAAAUUUUUCAUCAUCAUUAACUAAUGGUGGACAUUAUUGUACACAUUCAUCAAAUGAUUCAACUCGUCCAUUACUUGAUUCUACUCAUCAACAACAGCAACAUCAACAUUCAGCACCACCUAGUACAGAUUCAUCAUCACAUUCAUCUAGUGGUGUUAGUUCAUCAAUGGAAUCUCCUUAUAAUCAUUGGAAAUAUUUAACACCGUUAUCUGUAAAAAUAUCAAAUGAUAAAAAUCAAGUUUCAUCGACUAUUAUUGAACCAAUACCAUUAUCUACUUCUUAA